AGCUCAGCGCAGCGCAGUCAGUCACGAGGAGGAGAGCGCGGCGAGAGCGCGAGAAGUGGCCACUACGCUGAUAAGCUGAAGAGAUUUUUAAGAACAGCAGUCCGUUACGAACAGACUUCAACGGCUUAACAGAUACAAACAAUAACGGCCCUUUUCUACCUGGAAGGCGGAAAGCCGAGGGAUUUGUUUUUUUUUGUUGUUGUUUUUCUUUCUUUCCUUCUUUCUCUCGCCGGAGAGAGGAUCGGCCGCGCUCGGCUGUGUUCGGCUGUGUUCGCCCCGCGAAGCCGCGAAGAUGAUGGUGGGGGAGAUGGAGGUGAAGGAGAGACCGAGGCCGAGCCCCGACUACCUGAUGCAGCUUCUGAACGAGAAGAAGCUGAUGAGCAGCCUGCCGAACCUCUGCGGCAUCUUCACACACCUGGAGAGACUGCUGGACGAAGAGAUCAACAGAGUGCGUAAGGACAUGUAUAACGACACUGUGAGCGGAUUGGUGGAUAAACACCCUCUGGAGCUUCCCGAACCUCAUGGCCCCAUCGUCCACCUGCAGGAGAAACUCUUCGUCCCCGUGAAGGAGUACCCCGACUAUAAUUUCGUUGGGAGGAUUUUGGGGCCGCGUGGUUUGACGGCGAAGCAGCUUGAGGCGGAGACGGGCUGUAAGAUCAUGGUGAGGGGAAAGAGCUCCAUGAGGGACAAAAAGAAGGAGGAGCAGAACAGAGGGAAGCCCAACUGGGAGCACCUGAACGAGGAUCUUCACGUGUUGAUCACAGUGGAGGACACACAGGCGCGAGCCGAGAUCAAAAUGAGGAGAGCUGUGGAGGAGGUGAAGAAGCUGCUGGUGCCGGCGGCGGAAGGAGAAGAUAACCUGAAGAAGAUGCAGCUGAUGGAGCUGGCCAUUCUUAACGGAACCUACAGAGACACAAAUGUCAAAACACCGAACCUUGCAUUCUCUCUUGCAGCAGCGGCCGCGGCGGCUCAGGGUACUCGGCUCAUUGCCGCCCCUGCCGGUCAGGUUCUGCCCCCGGCGGCCCUGCGACCUCCAACCCCAGCGGGGACACCCAUCAUGAACAUCAUCCGGCCCGCGCAGAUGGCCGCCAUGCUGCCCAACGGCACGCCGGCCCUGGUGCCCCCGGCGCCAGACGCGGGCAUCAUCUACACCACGCCCUAUGAAUACCCGUACGCCCUGGCACCCACGUCCCUGCUGGAGUACCCCAUCGAGCAUGGAGGGGUCCUAGGUAAGCGGGGGAUAGACGCAGUACCCUUCGGCGGCCAGCAGGACGGCGCAGCAGCCGCCGCGCUGUUUUACGGGGCCGCUUUUAACGGGGCAGUUUCCCCCGGCCCUGCUCAGGACUCACUCAGAGGUGCAAUGGCUACUAAAGUGCGGAGACAUGACUCGCGGGUCCAUCCUUACCAAAGGAUAGUGACCGCUGACAGAGCCGCCACCGGCAACUAACAAAUGACCUCUGACCUCUGAACUCUUCACCCAAUGAUGAGCCGCCCCAAGCCUGCCUGCUGAUCAGAUUAACUGGUAAUUGCCUUUUGCUAGCCUGUCGGAUGCUGAGAGAGAGAGACGCACCUGUCCGAAAGUGACCCUAACACAAAACACCAUACAAACAAAUGCCAACACCAACAAGUUGUGUGACUAUUACUGAGCCUCUUAUCUUUUCAUUUUCAAGUUUGACCCUUUUUUAUUUUUCUUUCUCUUUCUUUCUGAAAGCCCAGAUGGGUGGUCAUUAGUAGCAGUAAUCCAAGUAUCUGCACUGAGUUAAAAGCAAUAAAACCCUGUUUUAUUAUCUUAUUCCAUUAAACGCACAUAUGCAUCUGAACUACACUCUAAUUUGACCCGGAUGCUAUGAUGCUAAAUCCUGAGUAUAAUCUUGUUCUGGAAAUCUUUACCCAAGUAUCUAAAAAAGAGCAAAAAACUCACACAAACUUGUUAAAUUUGUCUCAUGUGUAGCUGUGUGGUUUUCCUUUUUUCACUAUGCUGACACAUUCUGGGUGCGCCUAGCUAGCUGACCAUUCAAUUGCAUGGCUAAAAUGAUGGGACUGCUUUUUUUUUUUGUUUUAUAUGCUUUUCAUUUUCUGUUACUUUUUGUUACAUUUUCAUGUAAUUUUAUUUUCAAGUUUGAAUUUUGUUAGCUUCGUCUAGUUCAUAGCUGCAGUACCAGUGCCAGCUCUGAAGGGGGCAGCAGGUAGAGUCGACGGGGGCUUGCUAAGAAGAGUAUUCUCAGUAAUUCUAAAUCUAGGAUGUUUAUGGCUGGCAAGAUUUGGGCUAAAACAGUUGCUACAGUACUCGACCUAUGCCACCCCAAACCCCAGCCUUGAUUUAUACAGUGCCUGAAGUUUAUAGAAAUCUUUUUUUGAACGAGCUGUGACACAAAAGACAAAAAAAAGUAUUAUGUGUGCAUAUUUAGCCAAAGGGUUUCCAUUUAAUGAAUUUAUCUCUACAUAUAUAAGCAAAUAUGAGUAUGUAUCUAUGUGCGGAGGGCUCAGUUCUUUUAGUGUAGAGUUAGAAAAGGGGUGAUGUCGUGCCUGUAUGUUUGACAUCCAGUCGAAUAGCAUGAGAUUUUGUCCCGUAGUGCUCCAUGAUUAAUAAAGCAAGAAACACUAAGGAUUAUGGAUUGGACAGGGGGAGGAGGAUUUGUCCUUUACUAGUGUUCUGUACAUAACCUCCAUUUUAUUUAUUUUCUUUUUCAGUUUUUUUCUUUUUCUUUAUUUUGACACUUUUUAAACCCCUAAUUAAAAUUUGCCAACACAGUGUCAAAGCAUGAUGCACAUACUUUAAGGGGAUUAUAAUUUGCCUACGUUUCCUUAUUUUCAUUAAUUUUGCUUGACAAUUUUCCAAAUCUGAUAUGAAUUUGCUCAUCCACAAUGUGUCCUGCACACUGUUAGUAGUAGCUACACAAAAAAAAUCCACAUUUCUUUUACUCUCUCAAAAAAAAAAAAUAGGAUGUGAAAGCCAUGUCUGCCUGUUCAAAUUGCUUUAUACAUACAUGUGAUAUAAAGAAAUGUAUACAAAUGUAGAUAGGUCAUUGCAUAUUAAGAUACUGAAACGAUCAAAAUUAGAUACUUUUACAGGGUGCUGGAGAAGAAAUAUAUUUUUGGCAAUUUUAGCUUUUUAUACUUAACUUGCAGUUACAAAAUAUGAAAAAAUAUGAAAAAAAAAUUCACGUAGAAGAUGCUGUGGUUUUUGAAUGCUAUUGGUCAGGAGACAACAAAAAUUGUCAAAACUUGGAAGUUGUAAGGAAAGAUGGCAAUUCGGGGGGGUGAGUUAGCAUGAAAAGGAAAAAAAAAAAGUGCCUUAUCGAUGGUCGUUCCUUUUUUC